UCCAAAUACUCAGCGCUCCUCUAUCAUUCAACCUUUUCUAUUUGGACUAACAUCUCCAAAACUGGUUUCAAAAUGCUCCCCAACUCCACCCGGCCCUUGAAUUCAACCGAAGAAUCUAUAGUGGACAACACCCCAGCUACAGCGAUGGGGGCUCUCAUCUUGUCUUUCGUCUUCCUUUUGGGUUUCCCCGGCAACAUCUUUAUAAUGUGGAGCAUUUUGGCACGUGCCCGGAAACAGAACAUUACCACUCUGCUCAUUUUAAACCUGGCUAUCGCUGAUGGCUCCCUUAUGGGUCUAACUCCAUUUUUCAUCAUCUACUUAGUCUUAAAAAACUGGAUAUUUGGGGGAGUAUUGUGUAAAGUCCUUUUUUACCUUUGUCUAUUGAAUAUGUAUGCGUCCAUAUAUCUGAUCACCAUAAUGAGCUUGUACCGGGUUUUGGCGAUACGGUGGCCCCAUAAGGUCAGAAUUGUCACGGGGCAGAGGACGGUGAUGAGAGUUUUGGGGGUGAUGUGGGUUUUGGUGAUACUGGCUUCGAUCCCGGCGCUGAUCUACAGAAAGAUGAAAAGAGGUGACGUGGGAAUGGUCUGCAAUUCUUAUCACGACACCAACAAAGAUGUGGUGACCCAGUACAUGUUGGAGUUGGUGCUAGGUUUUUGUCUCCCGUACAGCAUCAUCGUGAUCAGCUACAUCCUCAUCCUGAAGAGAAUCAGACAGACCACAUUCAAGAGGAGGAUCCGCAGCGAGAAGCUCAUUUUGGCUAUCGUCGUGACUUUCUGUGUGUUCUGGCUGCCCUACCACGUCAUCAACAUGGUGCAGGUCACAAGUGCUUUAUCUCCAGAAGGACCAGUAAAAGACAGGUUAGACCUGAUUUGGCACAGGGGCAGAGCCGUGGCUGCAUCCAUCGCUUUCAUCAGCAGCUGUGCAAACCCGGUGCUGUACUUCUUCGCUGGAAAGUCGUACAUUCGGAGAGAGGGGAUGUCAUUUAUGGCGAGACUCUUUGAACGCACCGGACUAGACUCUGCCACGAGGAAGAGUCGGCACAGCCAUAACAGCAGAGAUAGAGACAAGGAUGCCAAUGUGAUGCUUAAACAGAAGGGGGAAGAAUCAGUCACAGAAAAAUCAAGUUCAGAUCACCUGAAGCCAGUCAAGAUCGAGAGGUAGUUGAACUUUUCUGCAGAACAAAAAUUUCAAUGUUCUGGAGGAUUCUGCUGGUUCACCUUGAAUCCUGAUGUGAGUCUCCUGUGGUCUGCUGUUCAUCUGGAGAAAUGCGUCUGUCGUGAAUUGAACACUGACACGUCUCUCAGUGAUUGACAUGUGGAUAUAACUUCUAUCUCUCAGGAACAGAGGUUUUAAUUUCUUUAAAACAUGUAUUGUGAUGAUGAUAAUAAUGCUAAAUUCUUAUGCAGCUCAAAGUCAUUUAACAAUUCUGUGCAUUGUUCAUUCAUGCAAAACCUUGUGACUUGUAUUGUAGUCACAGCUGGGGCAGACUGAUAGAAGUGAGGGCACUCUCUCUCUGCACCAUCAGCCCCUCUGACCUGAGCUGGCUCACACCAUAUUGAUCUGUGUUUCACUCUGAAUUGAGUUCUACAUAUUUAUCCAUCUGGAAUGGUUCUCGCUGCAAGUGAUGCAGUGAUGAACAUUUGGAACAUUCCAACAUAACAUAACAUUCAAGCAGAGCAAGGCCAAAAGUCAAACUUUUGUUACAUUCAGUUGAGAGGAAAGCACAGACAUCUUCACAAAUGUGCAAAGAUAGUUUUUCACAAAUUAAAGUAUGUUUCGUGUUGCUAGUUUUGUUUUGGUUUGCUUGGGUGCUUUGCCUUCUGCACAAACCUUAAUUCUGCUCUGUGAUUGGUCCACCUGCUGCUUUGUGAAUUUAAACUUUACAGCGGAGAAUCCAUCUUGCUGUGAAAAGUUACCUCUGACCACUACCAACACACACACACAUACAGACACAGACCACACUCAUGCAAGGCGACAUUAUGCAUUAGCAGAUACAUGUCUUUAGAUUGUGUGAGAAAAAAAAUAAAAAACACUUUCACUAUACAUACUACCUACCUAUACUGCACUAUGAAUGUAAUGUAACUUGAGGCUCUCAGGGAAAGCAGCUUUUAGCCCAAUCAGACUAAAAGUCUCCUGGCUCCUGCAACAGCUGCAAAGUCACCAUGUGUACAUUGUGAGUGAAAGAGAGAAUGGGAGGACAGGGGGAGAGAGGGGCCUGAGAAAGAGUGAAAUGUCAGUGUGUGCGUUUCUGCGUGUGUGAUAUUUUGGUAUUUGAUUCUCUUGACACAUUCACUGUGUUUAUUGUUUUGUUUUUUUUUUACAAAUAAGCCUACAUCUUUUUCGUGAACAGACUACAAGCCAUUUUGGGGUUAAACACUGUGAUACCUGCAUCAGAUUACAGAAGUGUUAAUCCACAGGUGUCAAACAUAAGGCCCAGGGGCCGGAUCCGACCCUCCAAGACCUUUAAUCCGGCCCUCGGCUGAUUUUCGACUAAAAUAUUUUAAUUAUAUUUUCUAUUAAAAUAUUGGUAAUUUUCUGUGCAUCUUAGCAGAGCAGCAUGUCCAGCGCCUCUGUGCAUGUCUGCCUCCCACCAGAGCAGCACAAAUGAAGAGUUGUCUCUUUCCAAACGCUCUUAAAGGACGAUCUUUUUGACUGUUGACUGUGACACCCUUAUCAGCAAAAUGACAAAAAUGCGAAAAGUGGACGUUGAGUGCUGGAUUUUCCAAGAAAAAUUUACUUAUUCUUGUUUGCAUACAAGUUCAUGUUAAAACAUUGUGUUGAAAUAGCAUUUUUUAAAAGUUUCAGGUUGUUCAUAAUAUUAUAAUAUUUUAUAAAAGAAAGAGUUCAUCAAUUAAAAAAGAUUUCUGUAAUAGAUUUGCAUUUCUCUGCACAAAUAUUUGAACUUAUUGCUAUUUUUGGGGUUUAUAUGCCAUGAGUUUUCUGAUCCGGCCCCUUUGGGAUCAAAGUAGGUUGGAUACAGCUCCCGGACCAAAAUGAGUUUGACACCCCUGUGUUAAUCCAUGUUUGUGUAUGUGCCCCUAUUCAAAUAAACAACACAUAAAUAAAUAAUAUGCACAAUGUAAAUACUAGAAUUUGACACCAUUUAGUGCUGAUGUUUUCUUUUGACUGGACAUUUCAUUGAAUUCAUGUUAGGUCAAGCAACAAUUCUCUGUAAAAUUGUGUAUAUAUGUACCUAAAUGUAAAUAAGAUUUUUUUUUUUUAUGGUUUGAAAUUAGUUCUAAUAUAUAAACAGUUUUGUUUUUGUUAAUUUUUUUAUUUCAUAAUUUUUAUAGUGGAUUUUUACUGUAUUACAAAUACACAGAGCUCAUCAAUAAACAUGACUGGCUUUUGAAAAA